AUGCGACUUGCAUCUGCUAACAUUGAAACAACCGUUACUGUUGUUAAACAAGAUAAUGCGAUGAAAUGCUCAACGCAAGAAACAUGCAAGACCGCGAAGAUCACUUUGAGUCCAUCUCGAAACAGUCAUCAAUCGAAUACACUCGCUCCCAUCGCCUCAACUGGUCGGCGAUAUUCGUACAAUGGACGAGCAACAAUUCAACAACCGUCACCUGAGGGUAUACCAAAUUAUGAAUUCGCAGAUGCAAACCGCAUAUUUGAGAAUAUCUCACUGGUCACUACAAGCUCUCACAUGGCGACUGGAAAAUGGUUCCCAAAACACAUCAGUGAUUUGGACUAUUGCAGUCAAAAUGUUAUCAUGUUCGGUCCGGGUCCGGACGGUUUGCACGCAGAUCAUCCGAGUUUCACCGAUGAGGAAUAUCGCAAAAGAAGAAUGGAAUUUUUCGAGAUCGCUCGUGAUUACAAAUAUGGACAACCACUUCCACGCAUCGAAUACAAUGAAACUGAAAAGAAGACUUGGAAGGCGAUCUAUCAACGAUUGAAAAUACUGCACAAAAAGUACGCUUGCAAAGAGUUCCUGCAAAAUUUCGAGCUACUCGAGAAAUAUUGCGGAUAUUCUGAGGACAAUAUACCGCAACUUGACGAUGUAUCACGCUUUCUGAAAGCAAGAUCUGGAUUCACACUGCGUCCUGUUGGAGGCUAUCAAGCGCCGAGAGAUUUUCUGGCCGGAUUGGCGUUCCGCGUGUUCAAUUGUACGCAGUAUGUGAGACACCACAAAUUCCCGUUCUACACACCCGAACCCGAUAUGGUUCAUGAAUUCCUUGGGCAUAUGGCAAUGUUUGCUGACCCACGUUUUGCGCAGUUCUCCGAGGAGAUCGGUCUGGCGUCGUUAGGUGCAUCUGAAGAGGAAUGCAGGGAAAUUGCUCGUUUGUACUUUUUCACCAUCGAAUUCGGUCUCUCGCUGGAAGACGCAGAAUUCGAACCGACAAAGAAAAAUCUAAAGGUUUACGGGGCAGGACUUUUGUCUUGCGUUGAUGAACUUGAGUUUGCGGUUAGCGACAAGUCGAAAGUCCACCGUUUCGAGCCAGAUUUUGUGGUCAAAACAGUACCGUCGGUAACAACCUUCCAAGAGUGUUAUUACUUCACUCGUAAUCUCGAAGAAGCGCUCAUCAAGUUGAGAAUUUACACAGCUACGAUGAAACGUCCAUUCAGUGUGCUCUACAAUGCCCACACGAACACAAUUGAUUUAAUCAAUUCGAGAGAAUCACUGCAGUUGGCUUCUGAAGCGAUGCGUUUCAACGUAGAGCAGAUCAGUGCUGCAAUUCGUCACAAUAUUUCCUGA